GCGUCCGUUCGAGUAUGUAUGAAAUUUCGAAUAUAUAGAAAUAUAUAUAAUAAUAUAUAUGCUAAAUUCGACUAUAUAAUUGAACAUAUAGAAAGCUAUAGUACUUACCUUAUAAUCGUGAGAGGAGGGGGACAACAGCCUGUACUAAAAAGAGAUAUGAGGUCAUCUGUAGUAGAUAUUUUAGAAUAUCUGAUCAAGAUACUCUUCGAAGCUAGUGAUUAUAUAUGGAAUAAGUUGAAUUACUGAACUCAAAGUUGUUUUGGGAAAGAUUCUUCCUUUUCUUGGGAACUACACUUACAUGAAUAUAUUUGUUGCUUAGUGAUAAAAAUUUGCGCUGGAGUUAGUUCAAUAUUAAUAACAAAUACAUUACUUAUCGCAUUAAGGACAGACAACAAAAUGAGAUCCAUAUAUAAUAUAGUAAUUAAUCAAUUACUACACGUCAUACAUGCUACCGGAGAAGUCUCUAAAAAGGAAUUAACUUUAUUUAAUUUUAAUUUUAAUUUUUAUAAAAAGAGAUGGCAGAGGUCUCGUAGUAGUAUGAGUAAAUAUACUCAAAUGAAGGGGACUAAAUACUUAAUUAUGAAUAAUAAUAUUAAUCAAAUUAGGUCAUAUUCAACGAGAAACAAAAAAGAUAACUCUGUAAUUGUACAAUUACAGGAAGAAAACGCCAAAGAGUUAGAUUUUUUAGUUAAACAUUGACAAAAUUGUAUAAAUAAUCCUACACGUAUAUUUAAAGAUUUAAAAGGUUAUUUAAAAUUAGAUGGUAUAUGAUUAGCAUCAUAUAUAAAGAUAAUGAAUAACAGAGGAUCGACAGUCGGACUUGAUAAACUAGCAGUUGAUUCAUUAACUCGAUUACGAAUAUAUGAAUUAAAAGAAGCAGUUUUAUCUAAUAAAUUCAAUUGAAUUGGAAAUAAUGAUAAUAUAUCUGACUCAGGAAAGACACGAUCAAUUGGAAUUCCUAAUAUAAAUAAUAUACUUGUACAAGAAGUUAUAAAAAUGAUAAUUGAACCUAUAUAUGAAACUACAUUUUCUAAUAAUUCUUUUGGUUUUAGACCUAAUAGAAGCUGUCAUCAUGCUCUUAAAUAUUAUAAUACUUAUAUGAAAGAGUGUAUAUGAUAUAUAGAAGGUGAUAUAAAAGAUUAUUUAAAUAUAAUAGAUCAAUUUAGAAUAAUACAGAUAAUUGAAACUCGAAUCAAAGAUCCUAUCAUACUUAGAUUGAUACGGACUGGACUUAAAGCCAAAGUCUUUGAUGAUAAAAUUGAGUAUCUACCUGAAGUGGGAACACCACAAGGAGGAAUACUUAGUACUCUUAUCACUAAUAUUUAUUUAGAUAAAUUUGAUAAGUUCAUGGAGGAUUUAUGUAUUAAAUACUUCUGCGCCCCCCUCCGAAGGAGGGGGGCGAAAGGUUCUAUUAAAUCUAAUAAUCGACAAAAAUCAUCAGAGUAUAAUGCUUUAAUGAGAUCAGGAAAUAAGAAAAUGGUUUAUUCUCAACAUUUAAGUCGUAAUAAUCCAUUUCAAGAAGAGUACAGAUCAGUUAAAUAUAUCAGAUAUGCUAAUAAAUUUAUUAUAGGUAUAAAUGGAAGUUGUAAAUUAGCAUCAGAAAUUAAUAUAUUAAUUAAUAAAUUCUUUAAAGAAGAACUUAAUUUAAAUGAUGUUAAUCUACAGAUUAGACAUAUUAGCAAAGGUAUACACUUUCUAGGCUAUAUUUUAGGUCGUAAUACUUACUUUAUUAAACAAAGUUAUAGUGGUAAGUUGGUUAAUCGAAAGAUGAUAAUUCCAACAAUAUAUAUAAAUAUGAAAAAAGUUAUAUCUCUUCUAUCAGAACUAAGAUUUUGUGAUGGUAGUGGUAAACCUAUACCUAAUUUCAGAUUUAUUAAUUUAUCACAAUAUGAAAGUAAUAAACGUAUUAAUAUGAUAUUAUAUAGUUUAUGUAAUUGAUGAAGUAUAGCUAAUGAUCGUAAACAAAAGGUUGCAUAUGUAGCAUAUAUACUAAGAUAUUCAUUAGCUAAAGUUUAUGCAGCUAAAUUUAAAGCCAAUACUGUAGCUGCAAUAUUUAAACUAGGAGGUAAUAAUCUUAGUCAUCCUAUUGGAGCUAAAAGAAAAUCAGCAGUAGGUAUUCUUAAUAAAGUUAAAAUACCAGGUAUAUUAUACGAUAGAUAUCAUAAAAUACCUAAAAGGGGAAGUAGUAAGUUGUUCAACAAAUGAAAACCCGAUUAUAUUAAAGCUAUUGAAAAUAAUAAUACUGAAGAACUGAUUAUGUAUUUAAAUGAAAGUUAUGCUAGUAAUCCUUUACAUUCUUUAAAAUGACAAUUACAAAAAUCACUUAGACAUCAAGGUGUCCCUUGUGAUAGAUGUGGAACAUUUGAUAAAGUACAAGUAUAUAAUAUUAAGGAUCUUAAAUUUAAAAAGAGUAAAAUAGCCAAAUAUAUAAGAGCUAUUAAUAUAUCUAAAAUAGCUUUAUGUCAUAAACAUUAUUUAUCAUUGAAAGAUUAA